UGCUUUGAAUGGAAGUAUGCAUGGUUUCUUCAAAGGCGGGAAAGGCCUUCGGCAAGGUGAUCCACUCUCCCCUUUCUUGUUCGUGAUUUGUCUUGAAUAUUUUUCUAGAAUGAUCAAGGAUGCUACAAAUGAUAGUGAUUUUAAUUAUCACCCAAAAUGUGGUCCCCUUAAGAUAACCCACUUGGCUUUUGCGGAUGACUUGAUGCUUUUUGCAAGGGGUGAUGCUAUGUCCGUUGAAAUUCUUAUCGAUUGCCUUGACAAAUUUGGUUUAGCAUCGGGUUUAAAGAUCAACACUACGAAAUCCAGCAUCUACACAGCUGGAAUUUUCGGGUAUGAGCUCCAAAAUAUUAUGGAAGUCUCAAAAUUUUCCAAAGGAUCUAUGCCUUUUCGUUACUUGGGUAUUCCCCUUGCAUCGGAGAAGCUCAAAGUGAGUUCUUAUGCACCGUUUCUUGAAAAAAUAGCGGGUUAUAUUGUGCGCUUAAGUGGAUGAAAAAGGAGAAUCGUGGAACUUCGUGGCUGACCAAGAC